CCCCUUUUACUUCACUACUAGCGAAGCUGCACAGAGGAAACGAGGAGCCACACAAGCAGCAGCCAAAUAACGCCUGGAAUUUACCUCGAGCGUCAAAAAAGGACAGAAGAGCCUCCGCCUGUCACCUCAUGCCCCUUUAGUUGAUUCCCUCGCAGAGUGCUGGAGUCAUAAUGGAAACUGAAUGAUGAGGUGUUUGCGGCUGGACGGCAGCUGACGGACUGAACCAUGGCUCAGUUUCCCACACCCUUCGGAGGGGGGUCGGAUACAUGGGUAAUAUCUGUGGACGAGAGAGCCAAACAUGACCAGCAGUUUCACAGUCUCACCCCAACACCCGCUGGCUUCAUCACAGGUGACCAGGCAAGGAAUUUCUUCCUGCAGUCAGGUUUACCUGCCCCCAUCUUGGCCCAGAUAUGGGCUCUGGCCGACAUGAACAAUGACGGGAAGAUGGACAUGCAUGAGUUUUCCAUCGCAAUGAAGCUGAUUAAAUUAAAGCUGCAGGGUCACCCUCUUCCUCCAUCACUGCCCCCCUCCAUGAAGCAACAGCCCAUCUCCAUACCCCCGCCGACCCCUUUUGGGAUACCCUCUAUGGGUGCAAUGCCAGGCCUGCCAGCAGUGCCGCCCAUGCCUCUGCCCCCUCUGCCUCCAGGAGUGCCAGGGAUGGGUGUUUCUCCUCCACUGGGCGCAUCGGUAACCCCACCCGUACCAUCCCUCGCCAACGGAGCACCCGCAAUGAUACAACCCCUGAGUGGAUUUUCACAUCCAGGUGCCGUGCUCAACAAAACCCCCUCAUUCAAUCGCUCCAGUAUCAAGCUACAGAAGGGCCAGUCUGUAGAGGCGCCCAGUGCUCCAGCUGCUCCUCCACCCGCUGACUGGGCCGUGUCUCAGUCCUCCAGACUUAAGUAUCGCCAGCUCUUCAACAGCCAUGAUAAAAUGAUGAGCGGUUAUCUCACAGGUCCACAAGCCAGAACUAUUCUGAUGCAGUCCAGUCUACCACAAGCCCAGCUGGCCACCAUCUGGAAUCUGUCAGAUAUAGAUCAGGAUGGGAAGUUGACCGCUGAAGAGUUUAUUUUGGCCAUGCACUUGAUCGACAUGGCCAUGUCUGGUCUCCCUCUUCCCCCUUUGCUGCCGCCUGACCUUAUACCUCCAACAUUCAGGAGAAUGCGCUCUGGUAGUGGAGUGUCUGUGACUAGCAUGCACUCGACAGACUUGCGGUCUCAGGAAGAGCCAGAGGAGGAGGAGAAAGAGGCCGAGAAAAAACUUCCAGUCACAUUUGAGGAUAAGAAACGAGAGAACUUUGAGCGCGGAAACCUGGAGUUGGAGAAACGUCGACAGGCACUUCUGGAGCAGCAGAGGAAAGAGCAGGAGCGACUGGCGGCGCUGGAGAAAGAAGAGCAGGAGCGGAAGGAGAGGGAACGACUGGAGCAGGAGAGACGCAGACAGCAGGAGCUGGACAAACAGCUGGAGAGACAGAGGGAGCUGGAGCGACAGCGGGAGGAGGAGAGACGCAAGGAGAUCGAGAGAAGAGAGGCUGCUAAACGGGAGCUGGAGCGACAGAGGCAGCUGGAGUGGGAGAGGACGCGCAGACAGGAGCUGCUCACCCAAAGGAACAGAGAACAGGAGAACAUCGUCCUGCUCAAAGCACGGAAGAAAACUCUCGAGUUUGAGCUGGAGGCUCUGAAUGAUAAGAAGUCUCAGUUGGAGGGGAAACUGCAGGAUAUUCGGUCCCGUCUCUCGAUUCAGAGGCAUGAGAUCGAGACCACCAAUAAGACUCGGGAGCUCCGCAUUGCAGAGAUCACAAGCCUGCAACAGCAGCUGCAGGAGUCUCAGCAGUGGUUGAGUCGCUUGAUUCCUGAUAAACAGUGUCUGAAUGACCAGCUGAAGCAGGUUCAGCAGAACAGUCUGCACAGAGACUCUUUGAACAGUCUUCAGAGGGCCAUUGAAAUGAAAGAAUCCACCAAACAGCAGCUGAAAGAACAGCUGGAUGCUGUGGAGAAGGAAACUCGCUCCAAACUAUUGGAGAUCGACGCCUUCAACACACAGCUGAAGGAGCUGAGAGAAAUCCACAACAAACAGCAGAGGCAGAAACAGAAGGAGCUGGAGGCUGACAUCACCCAGCCGUCACAUGACAGGAAGUCCAUAGACUCACAAGACUCGAGGUUGUCGGGGACUGAUGAUGGCGUGUCUCCAGCGUGGAGGGAUGAUGGGCUGGGUAAAGCUCCUACUCCUCCUGUGUCUCAGGCCUGGAUGAGCCGGGUGAGUGAAGAAGAAAACCACAGCCGAGCUGAAAUACAGGAUAACCUCUCCAAGCUUUUCACCCAACAUCCACAAGCAGGAAAAAUACAGGCUCAGUCUCCCUGGUCCAUGGCAGAUAAGAUCCCAGUGUCUGGUUUUAAUCAGGAGAAGGUAAAGGUGGUCUACUAUAGAGCAAUGUAUCCCUUUGAGGCCCGCAGUCAUGAUGAGAUCACCAUCCAUCCUGGAGACAUAGUCAUGGUGAAGGGAGAGUGGGUGGAUGAGUCUCAGACAGGUGAGCCUGGAUGGUUAGGAGGAGAGAUUAAAGGGAAGACUGGCUGGUUUCCUGCCAACUAUGCGGAGAAGAUUCCAGAAUCCGAAGUUCCUCUGAGUUUGAGGGCCAGCGCUGCUUCUAGCUCCGCCCCUAAAUUGGGUUCUCACAUGUCAUCUGCUUCUUCAUCGACCACGGCCACGCCCAUUCUGCCAGUCUCCACAGAGCCUGCAUCGAUAGCCCCGCCCUCUUCAGCCCCACCCCCCACAGGCCCCGCCUCCUCCUCUUCCUCAGCAUCAAGCAAUUGGGCAGAUUUCAGCACUACAUGGCCCUCUAAUUCUGCUGUGGAGAAGCAGGAUAGUGAUGGAUGGGAUGCAUGGCCGACUCAGCCAACUCAGCCUUCUCUGUCAGUGCCCAGUGGAGGGCAGAUCAGACAGCGCUCUGCUUUCACGCCUGCUACACUCUCCGGCUCCUCCCCCUCACCCGUGCUUGGACAGGGUGAGAAGGUGGAGGGUCUGCAGGCUCAGGCGCUGUACCCAUGGAGAGCCAAGAAAGACAAUCAUCUAAACUUCAACAAGAAUGACGUGAUCACUGUACUGGAGCAGCAGGACAUGUGGUGGUUUGGGGAGGUGCAAGGACAGAGAGGAUGGUUCCCUAAAUCUUACGUCAAGCUCAUCUCUGGACCUGUCCGGAAAUCUAUGAGUAUUGAGUCUGGCUCUUCAGACAGCCCUCCUAGUGUAAAGAGACCCAGUCCCUCUCUAAACAAACCCACAGAGCUCGGAGAAGGUCAGAACUCCAACAGCAACUCAAUGUAUCCGUCUAAAGAGUAUGUGGCCAUGUAUACAUAUGAAAGCAAUGAGCAGGGUGACUUGACCUUCCAGCAAGGUGAUGUCAUCACAGUCACCAAGAAAGAAGGAGAUUGGUGGACCGGCACUGUGAGCGGGAAGAUCGGAGUCUUUCCAUCGAAUUAUGUCAAACCUAAAGAAUCUGAGGGGUUGGGAUCUGCUGGGAAAACAGGAAGUUUAGGGAAGAAACCAGAGAUUGCCCAAGUCAUCGCUCCAUACACGGCCACUGGUGCAGAGCAGCUCACUUUAGCACCAGGCCAGCUCAUUCUCAUUCGCAAGAAAAACCCGGGAGGAUGGUGGGAAGGAGAACUUCAGGCAAGAGGAAAGAAGCGGCAGAUUGGCUGGUUUCCUGCAAAUUAUGUCAAAUUAUUGAGUCCCAGUACCAGUAAGACAACACCCACAGAUCCCAACCCACCCAAGCUGCCGACACCCAAUGCAGUGUGCCAGGUGAUUGGCAUGUAUGAUUACACUGCUCAGAAUGAUGACGAGCUGCCUUUCGGGAAGGGCCAAAUCAUCAAUGUGUUGAGCAGAGAGGAUCCCGAUUGGUGGAAAGGAGAGUUGAAUGGAUCCGUCGGCCUCUUCCCCUCGAACUACGUCAAGCUGACCACCGACACAGACCCCAGCCAACAAUGACUCUUAUGUUGCCCAUAUCCCACUCAGCCUUGAAAGUCCUCAAAGCGACCCACUAUCCCUUAAACUGUGCCCAGCGGGAUGAUGGGAGACGGAACAUUGAUCAUGUGACUGCCCCCCCACACACACAGCUGGCUUUGUGGCCAGAAGAGACGAAUACUACAGAGAGCAGUCGUUAACCUCAAUAUUCUAGACGCUCACCAAAAAACAAAAUGCCAGCCAGCAUCCUCCGCAUUAUUUAAAUAAACAUUUUUUUGAAGGAUCUCUCCUUUUUUUUUUUUUUUUUUUUUUACAAAUUAAUUAAAUUAAUGAUCAUUCACACUGAAUUUGUGCAAUGAAUUGAAACACUAAUCAAAGUGGUGGAUAGUGGGUCCUUUUGUGGCUUUCUGUGAUCUCAACCCCCUCCCCCCCUCCAAAGCCUGCUGUUUUUGAAGCAGCCAAUGAAAUGGUUUCAUUCAGUGUUAAGUUCCACCGCUCCCAUCCGACUAAUGCACGCUUUCCGCUCCUCCAAGCCCCGCCUCCCUGGUUUCUCAUUGGACCAUAGCACCACAGAAUGACCCACUAUUCAUGAGUCAUGACGUAACGGGGUGCAGUAUCAAACAGAUGUCAUAACUGACUUGCUUAUUAGUGUCAUUGCAAACUCAUGUAAAGAACGCUCCACUUUGUUUUGUAAGUAUACUCAUUUUACGACUCCCCUAGUGUUGAACAGAUUUACCAUUUUUGAUUCCACUCAGCCAAUCUCCAGGUCUGGUGGGAGCACUUUUAGCAUAGCUUAGCAUAGAUCGUUAAAUUGGAUUAGAGCAUUAGCAUCUUAAUCAAAAUUGUCUGAAAAGAGUUUUUAUAAUUAUUUCUAUAAAAGCUUGACUCUUCUUUUAGUUGCAUCGUAUACUAAGACCAACGGAAUAUGAAAGUUCCUAGGUACUAUACUCUCGUUCUAGCGUAAUAAUCAAGGAAUUUUGUUGCUGUACCAUGGCUUUAGAAGGCGUAAUGAUAUUACUCCGCAUAGUUAUCUAGUUACCUAGUUGUGGAAUAUUUUCAGGUGCUGAGUAAUAUGAUUACACCUGCUGUAGCCAUGGAGCAGAAGCAAAGUUCAUAGAUUAUUGCUCCAGAAUGACUGUAUAGUUCUUACAGACAUGUUAACCUAGAAAUUGGCGCAUUUUUGUUUUCCAUUGGUCUUGGUACACAAUGUAAAUACAGAAGAAUCAAGCUUUAAAUAGGACAACUUAUGACUUAUAAACUUAUAAACUAUGAAGUUUUUGAGUGAGAUGCUAAUGGUCUAAUCUGAUUUAAUGAUUUAUGCUAAGCUAAGCUAAUAGUAAGGAAUUUUGCUGCUGUGCAAAGGCAUAAUGAUGUUUCUCAGCACAGUUAUCUAGUUAUCUAACUGGAACUAUUUUCAGGUGUUGCGUAAUAUAAUUACGCCUGCUGCAGCCAUGUUACAGCAGCAAAGUUCCUAGAUUGUUACUCCAGAAUGACUGUAUAGUUCCUAGACAUAUCAUCCUAGAAAGUGGCACACUUUCAAUAUCUAGUGGUCUUAGUGCAGAAUGUAAAUACAGAACAAUCAAGCUUUAAAUAGAAACAUCUUCUGACAUUUUUGAGAUGCUAAUGGUCUAAUCUGAUUUAAUGAUUUAUGCUAAACUAAGCUAAAAGUACUCAAGGAGUUUUGCUGCUUUGCCAUGGCUGCACAAGGCGUAAUAAUAUUAUUCAGCGCAGCUACCUAGUUACAUAGCAGGGGACUAUUUUCAGGUGCUGCAUAAUAUCAUUGUGCCUGCUGCAGCCACGGUACAGCAGCAAAGUUCCUAGAAUAUUACUGAAGAAUGACUGUAUAGUUCCUACACAUAUUGACCUAGAAAAUGGCACACUUGGUCUUGGUACACAAUGUAAAUACACAGAGGAAUCAAGAUUUAAAAUAGGAAAAUUUUCUGAAAUUUUUGAGUGAGAUGCUAAUGGUCUAAUCCGAUUCAAUGCUUUAUGCUAAGCUAAUAGUAAGGAAUUUUGCCUCUGUUAAAGACGUAAUUUUCAGGUGCUGUGUAAUGUUAUUGCACCUGCUUUAUAGUGUACUUUCCAUUGGUCUUUAUGCUAAGCUAAGCUAAAAGUGCUCUGGCUGAAUGGUUCUGACCGUUUAACUGUAGAUAACUUAAAUGAGUUUGUUUACAAAAUAAGUGGAGUGUCUCUUUAAGGCUCUAUUAUGUGAAAAUAGCGAUGUGUGCAGCAUAUCUGACCAAUUGAAACACCAUAUUUCGUGGAUUCCAAAACGUGUGUCUAAAAAUAAGUCGAGUGACGUCAAAAAACUGUAUUAUCAUAUCAAAAGUCCACAAAUGGUCGGAUAUGUGUGUGGACUUCAUGUAGAAUCUCAUUGUGUGUCAUUUAGAACAGCCUCGUCCCCCUUCACUCCUUCAGUACACACGCACAGGUGCUGUCAAUCAAAUUGACGGACAGGAUGGACGUCUCAGUUCAUCCGGUCCAGUCACAUGCCUCUCUGUGUCAUUGUUUGUUACAUGUUCAUACCAAACCAGUGGAUGAAUUAGAUUUGUGUUCGUGUGCUUGCUAGUCUCUUUUAUUCCGUUUGAUUUCGAACAUUUGUUUUGUGUCUGUGUGACGGGGUUGAGAAUUGGUAUUGCAAACCAAAAAAACAACAACAACAUAAACUGCACAACUGCCACUUGAGGUUUAAUGGUACAGUGUUGGACAAAUGUAUAAAAUGUUGCUGGACAUGACGUACACGCGAUUGGAUUUCAUUUCUUGUUUAUAUGCGUUUCCCAUUCAGAUGGAUGAAUGCUUUGUGUUUUGUAUCUUCAGUUGUUUACUGUCCUCAUUCUGUCAUGUUGAUUGAAUCUGCAAUUAUUAUUAUUCUGAUUUGAGAACACUAGAUUUCAAGUCGUAUUUUUAUAAUGAUCAAAAGCUGUUAUGCAUAGUGUUUAAUGACAGACACAAAAGUAAUUUCCUCUGCAGUAUGUACACCGUCCUUUGGGAAACUGAAAGUAAAAACGAGUAGACUCCAAAUGUUGUCAGCAUUAAGGAAAAGAUUAAUGAAUAUAAGCUUCUAAUCAUAAAUGCUUAUGAAUAAAUAGACGUUUACAAGUGUGAGAGACUGGAAUUUUCCUUUACAUUCGAGAACAAGAGUUUUAAGGCUGUUAGAUCAUGUCCAGUGUGUUUUUUUUCUGCUUGUUUGGAAAGCAUGGUGUUCAUUUUUACUCCUCCAAUGUUGUACUUACAAGACUUUUUGUUUAUAUGUUAUUUGCCUCAUAACAGUAUUGUAAUUUUAAUGCUCAGAGAUGAGACGUGAAAUCAGUUUCAUGUCUGUGUGGAUCUUUAUUGGUUCCACUGAGGUUGCUGCUUUAUUAUUGGCUGGAUUGACUGUCCAUCAUGUCCGUGUCUUUUUUUUUUAUUUUAAGUGAACAUAACCAUCCUCGGACUACAGAAGCACAGCUGCUUCCUUCCUAUCCGACGUUGUAAUAAAAUGCAUCUGUUCUGAAUAUCUCACCACUAUGUCCAAAAAACAAACAUUAACAAUUGUACUUGAUUAUUAAAGCAUUUUAUCAAAAAAUAAAAUGAAUGUACAGUUAAAACCAACCAUAUACAGCAAAUCCUAGCUUUAAAGUGUCAUACCACCUUUAUAAAAAAUGAUGUGUAACCAUUAAAGAACUCCAUGGCAACUGCA